AUGGUCAGUAUUGCUCAAAAGAGAUUUUACUACUGGUUUACAACUUUCCAAAUCUCUAUCUUGUCUUCACAUCUUAACUAUUUGCAACGUACUAAGCUACAUCAAGAAUUUCUUGAUUAUGCAUAUAAUAAUAUAGGUAUACGAGUUAUAGCAACAGAUUUUGAUUUAACAAUGAUGACAAGACAUUCAGGAGGUUAUAUAAAUCCUUUGUCUGCUUCAGGAAGUGUAUUUUUGUUAAGUUUAUCCCAAGACUUUAAUAUUUUAGCAUCAAUAGCUCAAAAAAUGAAUAUACCAAUUAGUGUAGUUACUUUUUCAGAUAAAAAGUUAAUACCUCCAGAAUUCAAAGAUGUAUGUAUUUCUGGUAGUGAUUUGAUUAGUUUAUCUUUGAAGAAAAGUAAAGCUUCUUUUGAAAUAGAUAGUACAUUCUGCUACUACCCAAAAUUAUGGCAAAAACCUCAAGACUAUCUUCAAAUUGGUCUAAUCAAUCCAAUGCCAUCUGGGAAGUCUUUUCAUCUUAAAAAAGUUUGUGAGACUUAUAAUAUUAAACCUGAUCAAGUAAUUUUUAUCGAUGAUGAUGUUAGAAACUGCAAAACUGCUUUAAAGGAAGGGUAUAUUGCUAUGUCUAUCAAGGGAAAUUCAGGAUAUUCAAUAGAUAAUAUUGAUAUUUCCUUCUAUGAGACUAUGUUAGAUUAA